GUGGAAGCCGAGGUAACAGAUCAUCACACGCUCACAGAUGCGAGGCCUGAAACUAAUUUCACCACAAACCGGGUCUCUGCGCGACUCCUUCCAGACUGCCUCCGUCAUCUAAUCUCAAAAGGUGUGACAUAUAUUCAGCGGCAGAGGAAGAGCAGAAGAGCUUCCAGUAUGUCUAUAGGGCUGGAGCUGAUAGGCAUUUCCCUGUGCAUUUUGGGAUGGAUCAUUGCCAUCGUGGCGUGCGCCCUACCCAUGUGGAGGGUGACGGCCUUCAUCGGCAGCAACAUCGUGACGGCUCAGAUCAUCUGGGAGGGCCUCUGGAUGACCUGCGUGGUGCAGAGCACGGGGCAGAUGCAGUGCAAGGUCUACGACUCCAUGCUCGCCCUCUCCCAGGACCUCCAGGCGGCGCGAGCCCUCACCGUCAUCUCCAUCCUGCUGGCCAUCCUGGCCAUGCUCAUCGCCAUCGCCGGGGCCAAGUGCACCAACUGCAUCGAGGACGAGGCGUCCAAGGCCAAGGUGAUGAUCAUCUCCGGGGUCUUCUUCAUCGUGUCGGGGGUCAUGCAGCUCAUUCCCGUGUCCUGGUCCGCCAACACCAUAAUCAGGGACUUUUACAACCCGCUGCUCACCGACGCCCAGCGGAGGGAGCUGGGGGCCGCGCUGUACAUCGGGUGGGCAGCGGCCGCGCUCCUCAUUCUCGGAGGCGGGCUGCUCUGCUGCUCCUGCCCGCCCCGCGAGACCAGAUACAACCCCUCCCGGAUGGCGUACUCAGCCCCGCGGUCUGCAGGUGGCCCGGGACUGGAGAGGAAAGACUAUGUAUGAACGCGACGAAAAGAAAAAGACUCAAAUUUUGUCCCCACGUCGAAAGAAAAGGAAACUGCUCAGUGGAGGAUGUGUUUGGUUUUGCCUUUAUGUAUCUCUGAAUUAUGAUUUUUUUUUUUUUUCAGAGACAGAAGAAGCACGCAAAGGGACGCGUGUGUGUACAUUCCUUGCGUGUGUGCGACUCAACGCGCUAAAACAUUGUUGUCAUUGUCAAAUUAUCACCCAGAUUUUAUGCAGACAUAGUUUCUCAAUGUUUACGGCAAAAUACUGUAAUAUUUUUUUUCAUUGCUGGCUUCGCAAUAAGGCGCUGUUGUGUACAAAAUGGAUGAAUCUGGAGGGCUGCAUGUUGUAAAUACUGUGGAAUGAGCAUCAUUAAUCCGCUGUAAGAGUCGAGACAGAUUACGACUGUAUUUAGUGCAGAGAGGAGAGGACGGGAUGGGAGCCGUGUCGGGGUUUCAGUGUUUUACAAUGUGCACUGAGGCAGCGUGAGAGCAUCCUGGGUUCAUUUAGAACUGAAGUUAUGGUAUUAUUAUAUACAAACAUAUGUAUUUCACAAGUUUUUUUUUUAAAUAAACACGACAGUUUUUAAGA